AUGGCCAAGGAUCAUAAGUAAGGUUCGUAAACCUUGAUGUAUUUUUGGCUAAAAUUUCUGUGUUAAAAAAUAAUUUUGUAAUAAGAAAUGACUGUGACGGACGAAAUUACGCUGCCUACUGAAGAAGAACUUACUGUACAGGAAAUUAAUUUAUCUGGUCCUGCCCUCAGGGCAGGGGCGUUUCAUCUUGGCAAAGCUUGCGAGUUUGAGAAUAAUGAAUUUGUUCUUUGCCGAAACGAACUAAAUGAUGCCAGAGCAUGUAUAAAAGAAGGAAAGGCGGUUACAAGUUGCGCUUUAAACUUUUUUAGGCAAGUCAAAAAAACCUGUGCUGCAGAAUUUAUGCAAUAUGUAAACUGCUUGGAUAAAUCCAGUCCAAAUCAGCAUUUCGUUCCUUGUCGGAAGACCCAGGCGGUAUUUGAUAAAUGUGUGAAAGAUCAAUUAGGUAUUGACAGACCUCCCUAUGAUUAUUAUGCUAGAGUGCAUGUGCAUAAAACAGAUCGUCCAAAACCGAAAGUUGAAGGCCCUACUGUGUAUGAGGAUGCUACACCUGCUCUGCCAAAGGAUAUAGAAAAACCACCAGCAAAGUAUGGUUCUCGUUAUCUUUUCCUAUGGUAGAAUUUGAUAGCCAUAGAAGGUUAAUUUUUAUUAGUAAACUUUGUUAGGAUGGUAUAAAUGCAAAAAUAAACAAGUAAUUUAUAAA